AUGGAACUCGUGCACUACGUAGGAGAGUACAAGACGGUGCGCGUGCUGGGUGAGGGCCGAUAUGCCACGGUCUACGAGGGCCUGAACGGCACAACAAACCGGCGCGUUGCCAUAAAAAUUACGUGCAAAAUGCUGAUGGCAGGCACAAACCCGCACUUUAUAAGUAACGAGCGGCGUGCGUACGAGAUCCUGAGGAAGAACGCGUGCUACUCGCCAAACAUUGUGAAGUUCUUUGAUUUUAAGGAGGACCGGGAGAACGCGUUCUUUAUCAUGGAGUAUUUUGACGGGUUUACGUUGCAGCGUGUUGUUUAUGAGAGCCUGAAUAACAAGCAGAGGGCCAGGCUCACGGAUGGCGAGCGUAGGGGCUUUCUGAUGCAGAUUGGAGAUGCGCUGCAGUUCCUGCACGCGCUCGAUAUUUUUCAUGGCGAUCUCAAACCCGAGAACAUAAUCGUGCGCAGGGAGCAGAUAAAGCUGUGCGACUUUGGAUGUUCCAUCGUGUCGAGCGAUAGGAUGUGUGCGGCGAAGAGGCUUGUGUACAACGGAACACCGGGCUAUGCACCGCCGGAGGUGCUUGAUAUGGGCGAGCUGGUCAAUCUUGAUGAUCUGGACACGUGGGCGUAUGCGUGUGUGGUGUACUACGUGUACAGCGGUGAGCAGCCGUUUGCAAAGGACAAUUUGUGUAGGACGUUCAAGAAUUUGAAGAUGCUUGAGGUGGGGUACGAUGGGCUGCCCGAGUAUGUGCAGAGGGUGUGCGAGGGCGUGUUCCGGAGGCGGGCGAGCGAUCGAAUCAAGAUGGAGAGCGUGAUGGAGAUGGUGAAGAUGUUUCCUGCAUGAGUAGUGUGUAAUUUAUUAAAACUGUUUGUCUUGUUUGGGAUGGCUGUUUGGUGCGGGCACGGCCCGUAUGAUUUGAACGUGCUAGCGUAACACGACGAGGUCCGUGUAAACUCCGCUCGAACCGUUUUAUAACGGCAAGUGCUAACCUGAAGUGUCCUAUGCAGCCGGUAAUUCCGUUAUCAGGCAUGCAUUUUUUGAUACGGGUGUACCAUUGCGUACCUUUUCUCAUGGCAGGCUAUCGCGCGAACGAUUACCAUAUUGUGUGCUGUGUGUCACGAAAAGCGUACAUUGUGCAAGAGGAGCACUCCGAUACAACCGUUUAAAGAAUGGUGCGGCAUGUGCUGCCUAAAAAGCAUUUGUUCAAUGUUUGUGUGAUG